AUGCCGUAUAAGGCGGCCGUCGAUUAUAUUUGCGCGUCUACCAACAGACAUCCUUACGCCGCGGACGCAUCUAGUUGCUCUCUGGUGGCAUUUGGAACAAAUAAACUAAUCGCACUAUGGAACGCCGAAGAUGAAUUUGAGCAAGGAGUGUUUGAGACACUUCCCGGGCACGAAGGGCUCGUAACAUGCGUUCGGUUCCUUCAGGAUGACCACUUCAUUAGUGCAGAUGACAAGGGUGUCCUGAGGUCAUGGAAACAUGACGGAACCCAGGCAUGCUUGCCUCGCAUGUAUCUAGAAGGCUUGAAUGACAUGACAGCCAUUUCUACCCUCGCGGUCUAUGACAGCGUCCUUGCAACCGGGGCUUCGGACUCCCUUGUGAAGAUAUGGCAGAUAUUUCAAAUCGAAAUAUCUGAAAUUCAGUCAAUAUCUCUUCACGGGAGAUAUCCUUUGUCUCUCGCACUAUCUCAACUUCCCGGAGUACAAGCAACAAUCAUUGCUAUCGGUAGCACCGAUCGCAACGUCCAGCUCUGGAUCCGCUCAGAAGACAAGUUCGUGCAUUCAGCUACACUUUCCGGACACGAAGAUUGGGUCCGAUGUCUGGCUUUCCGACAACCCGACCAUAAUUUGAAUCAUCUGGUAUUGGCUUCCGGAUCUCAGGACACUACUAUUCGCCUUUGGAAUAUCGAGAGCUAUCUCGGAAGAGGCUCUGAGGCAUCUCAAGACCCAUCUGAUGAUGUCACAGACGACCUACUUGACGCCUUUGAAGCAUCUUUGGCGGACUUGGCGGAGGGUGAAGAGGGAGGUCGUCAAAUAUCUCUGAAGAGACACAUGCUCACGGUCAAAUCAGACCAAAGUUCACAACAAUUCUCCGUCACUUUCGAUGCCCUCUUGAUCGGCCACGAAGCUGGGGUUACUUCCAUUUCCUGGCGUCCCGAUGCAUCCUCUACUGUUCCCACUCUUCUGUCCACCUCCUCCGACUCCUCUUUGAUUAUGUGGUCGCCUUCCACAGUUUUCACUUCAAACAAAGACAAUACAGCAUCAAUCUGGAUAAAUAAUCAACGAUUUGGCGAUGUUGGUGGGCAGAGACUAGGCGGUUUUGUAGGUGGUUUAUGGACUCGCAAUGGAGCGGACGCUUCAGCUUGGGGAUGGAGUGGAGGCUGGCGACGUUGGCGUUGUGCCCGAGACGAAGGGUCGCAAAUAGCAGAUCCACGAACAGAAAGUUGGAGUGAGGUAGGUGCGAUCACCGGACAUAGUGGCCCGGUCAGGGGACUCUCAUGGAGUACAGAUGGGGCAUACCUCCUCUCCGCCGGUUUGGACCAGACCACACGCAUUCACGGGGCCAUUCCUAAGUCUACGAACGGUAAAUCAGCCGUGGUGUGGCAUGAAAUCAGCCGCCCCCAAGUGCACGGAUAUGACCUCGUUGACAUUGCGUCACUGGACACCUUAGGGUUCGUUAGUAUUGCAGACGAGAAAGUUGCUCGUGUGUUCGAGGCGCCUCGUGAAUUCAUCGACAUAGUCAAUAAUCUCGAGAUAGCACAUCUCGUUGGAGGAGAGUCCCAGAGACCCCGUGCAGCUACGGUCCCUCCUUUGGGUCUAUCAAACAAAGCCGUAAGUGAAGUAAAUUCGGAAACGCUGGAUGCAAAUGCUCCCUACGAUGCUAUCCGAAUAAAACGGAGGCCCUUUGAAGGCGAACUUGCUGCAAUCACCUUAUGGCCUGAGACCGAGAAAGUGUUUGGUCACGGUUAUGAAUCCAUCAGUCUCGCGAUAUCGAACUCAAAUAAGUUCAUGGCUACAGCAUGUAAAGCCACAAAUCCCGAGCACGCGGUGGUCCGUGUAUAUGACACAGAAAAAUGGCAACCGUUUGGGCAACCUCUGCCUGGUCAUACGUUGACUAUCACACGGAUUGCGUUCAGCCCGGAUGACAACUACUUGUUGUCUGUUUCUCGCGAUCGUACGUGGCGAUUGUUCGAGAAGAACAGUGCAGGCAAGAAUGGAACAAGCGGAUAUGUACCCGUUGCGGCUGACAAGUCCCAUGCUCGGAUUAUAUGGGAUUGUGCAUGGGACAACGAUGGAAAAAUAUUUGCCACAGCAUCCAGAGACAAGACGGUGAAAAUCUGGCAUCAAGAUCCGGAUACAAGCAAGUGGACAGCCGCAUGCGCUAUCAAAACAAUCGACGCUGCUACCGCUGUGGCUUUCGCACCUUCAGAUCUCGGACGCCGUAUCAUGGGGAUUGGGUUGGAAUCUGGAGAAAUUGUGAUCUACUCUUGUGCGACAGCAACCAUUUCUGAUUGGCAACUCGAGCUCAGUAUUGACUCUCGGACCGCACACGUCGACCAGAUUCAUCGCUUGAUGUAUCGUCCUAGCAAUGACAGCACAACGAUGCAACUUGCAAGCUGUAGUGAAGAUAAUACAUUGAAGAUACUGACUGUCCAUACUACGGGAUCAUGA